AUGGCAGUCCGAACAUUUCUCUCUCCCGCCCCUUCGUUGGAUCGGUCUGUCGUCAAGCAGACCGACAUGUCUCAGACCAACGACGCGAGGAAGGAUGGUACGUCACAGGACAAGCAAGAAUUCACAGAAGCGGAUCGGAAACCUCUUGCAUCACACACGAACCCAAACUCAAAGCCGGGCGUGACCUUUGCUCACCAGGACAGUCUGCCGAAGCUUCCUAUCCCUGACCUGGAGCCUUCUCUCAAGAAAUACCUGGCCUCAUUAGAGCCUCUCCAUAGCUCAAAAGAGCAUCGCGACACGGAGCGAGCCGUCGAAGAGUUCUUGAAACAAGAUGGACCGGACCUGCAGGAAAAGCUGAAGAAGUAUGCUUCUGGAAGGUCAAAUUACAUUGAACAAUUCUAUCCAGGGUACGACUCGUAUCUCAACUUUGACAACCCGGUUGUCUUAAAUCUGAACCCGUUCUUCCUGCUCGAGGACGACCCUACUCCGGCAAGGAACAACCAAGUCACCCGUGCAGCCUCUCUCGUGAUAUCAGCUCUAUCUUUCGUCCGCGCCGUCAGAAAGGAAGAGCUUCCCCCGGACACGAUCAAAGGCCAGCCAUUGUGCAUGUACCAGUUCUCCAGACUGUUUGGCACGGCCAGGAUACCGACCGAAAACGGAUGUCAGAUAGGUCAGGACCCCGACGCCAAGCACAUUGUCGUGCUCUCCCACGGCCAGUUCUACUGGUUCGAUGCCCUGGACGCAAACUCUGACCUGAUCAUGACCGAGAAGGAUCUUGCGCUCAACCUUCAGGUCAUUGUCGAUGAUGCUUCGCAGGUGCCUAUUCAAGAGGCUGCCAAGAGUGCCGUGGGUGUCCUGAGCACGGAGAAUCGGAAGACGUGGUCUGGCCUACGAGAUGUGCUGCAUCGCGAGGAGGGAUCGAAUAACUCUGACUGUCUCAACAUUGUCGACUCGGCGCUGUUUAUCCUAUGCCUCGACUACACCGAACCCCAGACGGGCGCAGAGCUCUGCAUGAACAUGCUCUGUGGUUCUAGCAAGGUCGAGAAGGGCAUCCAGGUCGGUACAUGUACUAAUAGAUGGUACGACAAACUUCAGAUCAUCGUCUGCAAGAACGGCAGUGCUGGCAUCAACUUUGAACACACCGGCGUCGACGGCCACACAGUCCUGCGCUUCGCAAGUGACGUCUACACAGACACAAUCUUACGCUUCGCCCGAACAAUCAACGGACAGGCACCAAGUCUAUGGGCGUCACAGAGCCCAGAUCCGUCCAAGCGAGAUCCGGAUAGCUUUGGCGACGUCAGCACAACGCCGCACAAGCUCGAGUGGGACAUGGUGCCUGAGUUGAGCACGGCGCUGCGUUUCGCGGAGACAAGACUGGCCGAUCUGAUCCAGCAGAAUGAGUUUGCGACUCUCGAAUUCUCGCAAUACGGUAAGAACUUUAUGACCUCGAUGGGCUUCUCGCCAGAUGCAUUCGUGCAGAUGGCGUUUCAAGCAGCGUACUAUGGUCUCUAUGGCCGGAUUGAAUGUACUUACGAGCCUGCCAUGACCAAGACCUUCUACCAUGGCCGCACCGAGGCUAUUCGAUCGGUGACCUCUGCAUCUACCGAGUUCAUCCGAACAUUCUGGGGAGAAAACCCAGCCCACAAGAAAGUUGAAGCCCUACGGAAAGCCUGCGAGAAACAUACGGCAAACACCAAAGAGUGUGCAAAGGCUCAGGGACCAGACCGUCAUCUUUACGCACUGUACUGCAUCUGGCAGCGGACUAUCGACGAGGGCCUCGAUCUCACCAGCAGCGUCGACUUGAACUCUGGCUCCGUGAGUCCAGUCUCAGACCAGAUCAGCUCGCCAACGCAAAACUCAGUAGCCUCAACCGAAGGAUCGGCCAGGGAGACAUCUCCAUCCGGACACAGCCACUCCCUCCCAGCACUGUUUGCCGACCCAGGCUGGGACAAGAUCAACACCACCGUUCUAUCGACAUCGAACUGCGGCAAUCCCUCACUCCGCCAAUUCGGCUUCGGCCCAACAUCCGGCGACGGCUUCGGCAUCGGAUACAUCAUCAAAGAAGGCAGCAUCUCCAUCUGCGCAUCGUCCAAGCACCGCCAGACAGCACGCUUCAUCGACGCCCUCGAAGCCUACUUCCUCGAGAUGCGCAAACUCCUCCGCCAGACCAAGCGGCGCGGCACAUCGACCGACAAGACCGCGUCCCGGGCCCGCGAGCUCGAUCAGCGCUCCAAGAGCCAGCGACCAAAGAACCGCGGGCGUGCGAUUGGCGCCGACGCGACAGGUAAAGCGCCGGCGACACCGGCGGUCGAAAGCACGGAAGAGUCGGAUGACGAGGGCCUAAGUGGAUGUGAGCAUACCCGCAACACCUAUUUCCGCGUAGAAGCAGGACUCCCGACACCUCCGAGCUCGCCGUUGAUGCCGUUGAUGCCGUUGAGGGCUAGUAUAUGCAGCAGUCCUCGUGUCAUUACGCCGCCGCUGCCUCGGAGACGAAGUAUCAUGGUGCAUCCGCAUUCGUUCUGCUGA